CACUGUGGUCUUAUAGUCUCCUCCUGUGCGGUCAGUUGCUGCAAUAGAAGUAAAUAAGAGUUAUGUUAGGUUAGCUAGCUAAGAGGCACGUAUUUACUGUAUGACAUCUAGAGUUAGCAAAUGUUAGCGGUUCGAAAAGGAUUUUCUUUUACAUCUGUAUGGGUUAUUGUAUUAUCGGGAUAAUGGUUGAGGGAGAAAUAUCUGUAUUCAGCAUUACUCUGUGCAAAGGCUGACUCUGGAUUAGCAUAUCGUUUCACUUGAGUUCCAGGCUAGCUAAGCUAACGUUAGCAAAGGGGGAGUGAUAGCUUUAAGUCCAGGCCUUUACAGCAUCGUUUAUGUCGCAAACUGACUGAAAUAACCUGAGCGUUAGCCACCCCUGUAGCAGACACCCGUGGUGCCUGUUUAAUAGUUUGUUGUUUGGUGUUAUCAAGUUGAAAACAGUUAUAUUUUGUCAUGCAAUAUUUGAUUGACUAUACUUAUCAUGAACUUAUCAUGAGGGUAUUACACCGGAAGUUUACAUGUGAGAUAUAAACAAUGCUAAAAUUUGCUUUGUGUUGCUCACAUGUGGAAAGUUUCAGUUUUAGCAGCUGUUUCAGAGCUUUUUGCCUGCAUAAUAACAAUAACACAUUUCCUGUAUGUGUUAUUUGACCAAAGAAGGGAUACCAUUAAUUUUAGUAUGGCAGACAGAAAGGGAAAACCUGAUACUCCAAUCAAGACACUCUCAAAGAAGAAACAAGAGCUCAAGAAGAAGGAGGAAGAAAAAGCAGCAGAGGUCUUUGAAGAAUUCUUGGCAUCCUUUGAGACCAGUCAGAAAAGUGGAGUGAAAACUUUUGUCCGUGGGGGCAUUGUUAAUGCAACCAAAGAAGAGGAAACAGCAGAGGUCAAGAAAAGUAAGCUGUAUCAACCUGCUACAAAGUUUGUCCCUGUGUCCCACCAUGUCUCACCAGUAUCAUCUGCUGAAAGCAAAAAGUCUACAUUUAAAAGAAAGACAGAAGAAAAAAAGAAGAGUAAUCUUGAACUCUUCAAAGAAGAACUCAAGCUAAUACAAGAAGAGCGCGAGGAAAGACAUAAAAGGAAGAAAAAUGACUCUGAAGGAGGAGGAGGAGGAGGAUAUGGAGAUCCGGACAUACCGUUGUCAGGGCGAUCAACAUUAUACGACGACCUAACAGUGCCAACCACCACUAACCUCUACAUUAGCUGCAUUAGCCCAAAGAUGAAUGAGGAGAUACUGUGCAAAGAGUUUGGUAAGUAUGGCCCCCUGGCUAGUGUGAAGAUCAUGUGGCCCCGAACAGACGAGGAGCGCUGCAGGACCUCCAACAGAGCAUUUGUGGCUUUCAUGACACGAAAAGAUGCAGAGAGAGCUUUGGCAGCUCUUGAUGGCAAAGUGAUUAUGGGCUUUGAAAUGAAGCUGGGUUGGGGUAAACCGGCUCGCAUUCCACCUCAGCCUCUCUACACACCGGUGGGGGUGAGGGCCACACCGCCACCCCCGUCUGGCCUGCCUUUCAAUGCUCAACCAAGAGAUCGCUUCCGCAACGACUUCACCAAGCCACUGGGCAUGUCCAAAGGGGACCUCGAAAAGACUCUGUCCGAAGCCGUAGUCAAAGUGGUUAUCCCAACCGAAAGGAAUCUGUUAUUCCUUAUUCACAGGAUGGUAGAGUUUGUGGUGCGUGAAGGUCAUGUGUUUGAAGCCAUAAUAAUGACCAAGGAGAAAAACAAUCCAGAUUUCAGGUUCCUUUUUGACAACAAAAGCCAAGAUCAUGUGUACUAUCGCUGGAAACUGUUCUCUAUCCUCCAGGGAGAGUCUCCAACGGAGUGGAGAACCACAGAUUUUCGUAUGUUCCGGGGAGGCUCAAUAUGGAGACCCCCUGUCCUAAACAACUACUCUCAGAGAGGUGAAGAUAGGACAGAGACAGGGGACGAUGCUCCCCCUGAAGAGGAGGUGAAGAAAGGGCAGCUCAGAGCUGACCACAGACAGAGGUUGGAGACGCUACUUCGAGAACUGACUCCAAGCAGAGAAGAUAUUGCCAAAGUCAUGCUGUUCUGUCUCGAGCGAGCCGAUGCAGCGGAGGAAGUGGUGGGACACAUCACUGAAUCUUUCUCCUCGCUUCAGACACCCCUCCAGAAGAAGAUUGCCAGAUUGUAUCUUGUGUCGGACAUCUUGUACAACUCGUGUGCCAAAGUAGCUGGCGCAUCGUAUUAUCGUAAAUAUUUUGAAACAAAGCUAACACAUAUAUUUGGAGACCUUAAGGCAUCACACAAAAACAUACAAGCCAGGCUGCAAGCUGAACAGUUUAAGCAAAAGGUCAUGAGUUGUUUUAGAGCAUGGGAAGACUGGGCCAUAUACCCAGAGCCGUAUCUAAUCCACCUUCAGAAUAUUUUUCUGGGCUACUCUAAAGCAGUGGAGGAGCAGACAGAGAUGGCAGAGGAAAUGUCCUCUGAUCUCGAUGGUGCGCCAAUGGACAGCACAACUAUCGAUGGGUUACCGUUGCACAAAGAUUCUGCGGAUGACCUCGAUGGCUGCCCCAUGGGCUGGGACCCUCUAGAUGGAGUUUCCGUUGACGACAUAGAUGGCGUUCCCUUAGGAGUUGCCGGUGAUGACAUUGAUGGUGUGCCCUUGGAUGAGAGCAGUGUCCCUCACUCCAGAGUGCCUUUGUCUAAGUGGGAGAAGACAGGCGAUACUGGAACAUUUUCUCAAGCCAAGACAGAGUCUAAAUGGGACGUUGUGGUGGGACAAGACAAUGAAAGUAAAGUGAAUGUAAGUGUCAACUCACAGGAUGGAGGUGAAGACUCAGAGUGUGACAGUAGCGAUGACUCCUGCAGUUCGUCCAAAUAUGACAGCGUUGACUUCCAGCGCUCCCUCAGAGGUUUUCAAAUGUCUGAGAGCAAAAGGAAAAGGCUGAGAGAGCUGGAGGUAAAGGUUAUGGAGAUCCAAGAUGAGCUGGAAUCUGGCAAGAGGCAGAGGAAGUCUGGAAUGAGCAUCCAACAACAAGUGGAGCACUACAGGAACAAACUGCUACAGCAGGAGUUUGAAAAAGAUGAAGAGAAGAAUGAGACACUGACAUCAAAGUUGAAAGACAAGUCAAAGGAUGACAAAAGGGACCAGGAAAGGAGCAGAAAAAGUGAAGACGGAGACAGAAGGCAAAGGUGGAGUAGAGAUCCUGACGACCAGACCCGAAAAUCGAGGAGCAUCUCUCCCUCAAACAGGACAAGGUCUCCCAAAUGGGUCAAACGUUCCCGAUCGCCAUCUUCAGAACGGAAGGCGGGAAGGUCCAGGUCACGGUCGCCACAUCGCUCCCACAAGAAGAAGAAAAAGAGUAAACACUGACUGGACUCUCAACUCUGGACCUUGUCAUCCAUUUGCUUGCUGGUGUCCAUGGGCCACACUGGACUGCUGCAGUGCUCUUGGUCCCAACUUAACACUAUCCAUGCAAAAUUAUGCACUUUUUGUAUGAGGAGGUCUGAACAUUGUAACUAAUUAAUAUAUAUUUGUUUUAAUGUUUGUUUUUAAAAUGAUUACUAGAAGUUUUGCUUUAAACUUCUGACACUAAAUAAAUCACUGUUGGUGAUGAGUUUAUGUGUGCGUAGGGGACAGGACUGGUAAGGCCAAGUAUCAGAAUCAGUUACUUUGCAGGAUGGGUGGCAAAGGUUGGUUAAAAACCUCAUCAACAAGCAUUCUUCAAGUUUCUGGGGAUUUUUAUUGAGGAAAUUAAUAUAGCAUCAUUUGGUUCUGUUUACAAAAGCUGUAAGUAUGCAAUGUUAAACACUAAAUUUACAAUACUGUUUUAUAUAACAUACUUUCAUUGAACAAAACAAUUUAUCAAAAGUACUUAAGAGCCAGUAUUAUUUCUAAAAAAAAAAAAAAAAAAGAAAAGAAAAUACCCAGCCCUAAUUGUUAAUAA